UGAAGCAGCAGCAGCACCUUUGCAGAGAGUGACCGCGAAGAAGAGGAUCAGAGAGAAAGGUUGAAGAAGGCAGGGAUCCAUGGAAAACAUCCUCAGGUGCUUCACGGGGGGCAACAACCAUGGUGACGAUUACUAUCCCCACUAUCAUCCAACCUCCAAGCCCAGCAUCGGGCUACAGGCGGCCGACUGGGGCUCUCCGCCUCGUGUGCAGCCUGACCAUCACCAGCUAGGUCGCCAUGGCGGCGUCGCCUCGGACCUGCUCAACUUCGAAUCCACAUCCAUGGUACCUGAAGCGCUCAGAAAUAAUGUUACAUCAUCCAAGAAAGCCCAGGUUAAAUGGUACCGGAAUAUUUUGGAGGCAUAUAAGAACUCCAGUCCCCCACCGAAAACACCAGCAGAGGCCGCCUGACUAGUUGCAGCAGCUUUAAGCAGGAUUCAGAGAGCUGAUUUGGAGGGUAUUCUUGCAUUUUACAACCUCCCAAUCCCAUCAUUCUCUUCAGCAUCAACAUCCUCGGACCACCAACCAUCCUCACUACCAGAGGGCAUACAGUUUGUGCUGAACACUUUGCCGGUUCACAACAAGUCCAUUGGAGAUGGCGAUGGCUUUACUGCCUAUGUUGACACGGCAGACCCGAGGGAGUCUGCGAAUGUGCCACUAGAAGUCCAUGAGAUGGUGAUUGAAAGGACUCAAGCACGCAUUGAUAGGGAUUACCAGAUGGCCGAUGCUCUUCUUAGGAGCCUCAACGAAGCAGGAUAUAAGAUAAUAACCAUUUUAGGAGAAGAGAUACUUGCAAACAAAUACAGAAUCAGAAUGAGGGGCGUUGAUGCACCAGAGCUUAAAAUGGCUAGUGGAAAGGAAUCGAGGAAUGCAUUGGUGAAGCUAAUUGGAGGGAAAAGGGUCACAAUUUAUGUGUAUGGACAGGACCAGUUGGCGUUAUGUGGUGAUAUAUAUUGUGAUAAUGUGUUCAUCCAGGAGCAAAUGCUAAAGAGUGGUCAUGUAUGGCAUUUCAAGAAUUAUGAUAAACGCCCAGAGUUUGCACAGUGGGAGAGAGAGGCAAGAGCUGCACGUCGAGGACUUUUUGCAUCAGAGAACCCUGAGAAGCCAUGGGACUGGAGAAGACACCAACGCAAUGCGAACAUUCCAGUCUACUGAUGGAACUGAACCAUGAGUUUACAACUUUGUACAAUCGCUACACAUGAAUUCGUAUCAAAAACCAAAGGCAGUGUAUUAUAUUGUACAUGUAUGUGGAAGAUAAAGUAUUGUGAAUUAGUAUCAUACGUUCAAUAUUG